AUGAGAAGGAAGACUCCAAAAUCAAACCAACAAGACCCCAACGACGGAGCUAUCCAGCGCCGGCGGAAGAGGGCAGCGCCUGGCGGGCAGGCGACAAGGCGGGCCUUGACACAUCAAGAACUCGGCAGCCCGAUGCAACCAACAUCGGAGAAGCUGCCUGUCUCAUCUGUCUUGAGCCGCGGUGGAAACGAUGUGGGCCAAGCGGCGGGUCAAAGAUGGUCGCUCUCUGGUGACGGUGCCGUGACACCAGAGUUCGGCAGCUGGACCCGUGACUGGGCUGGCCUGUUGAGGACCACCGCAGCCCACCCCACAUGGGGAGGUGCAUGGAACAUCCGCACCCUUCAAGACGUGGCAAACACCAGCCGCCCGGAACGACGCACAGCCCUCGUCUGCAAGGAGCUCGCCCGCUUCAACGUCGAUGUGGCAGCUCUUAGUAAGACAAGGCUACCUGAAGAGGGCAACAUCAGGGAAGCUGGAACGGGAUACACCAUCUUCUGGAGAGGCAAGGCCCCAGAGGAGCCGCGCACCCACGGCGUCGGCUUCGCCAUCCGUUCGCAGCUGGUGCAGCAGCACAACCUCGCUCCAAAGGCCAUCAAUGAGCGCCUGAUGACUGUCCGCAUCCCCAUCACACGGGACAGUCAACUUACGCUGAUAUCUGUCUAUGCCCCGACUCUGACAUCUACUGACGAAGACAAAGCUGCCUUCUACACCCAGCUCGACCGCACCAUCCAGGCAGUGCCUGCCAAUGACAAGCUCGUUGUGCUAGGCGACUUUAACGCCCGAGUAGGCAAGGACCAUCGCCUGUGGGAGGGAAUCCUCGGCCGUCAUGGCAUCGGAAACUGUAACGCCAACGGCCAACUCCUACUGGGUCUCUGUGCAGAACACCAACUUGUGGUAACAAACACCAUCUUCCAGUUACCAAAGAGACAAAAGACCACAUGGAGACACCCCAGGUCCAAACACUGGCACAUCCUGGACUACGUUCUGACCAAAGCCAGAGACCGAGGAGACGUCCGCAUCACCCGAUCCAUGCUCGGAGCAGAUGACUGCUGGACGGACCACAGACUCCUGAUCUCCCGGCUAUCCUUGACGACCCUUCGACCACCCAGAAGGACACCCGACAGCGUACCCCAUCGACGCUUUGACUGUAGCAAGCUUCGCAACCCACAGCUGGCACAGAACUUCAGGGAGGCCUGCGAACGUCAUCUUGCAGACCCCGUGGGUCAGGCCACAGUAGAGCACCACUGGACCACCCUCAGAGAUGCCAUGACCCGUGCCGCGGAGGAGACACUAGGCUACACCACCAAGAAAGGGCAGGAUUGGUUCGAUGAGAAUGACGCUACCAUCUCUCUUCUCAUCGAAGCCAAACGACAAGCACGUUUGACUUUGGAGAACCAAAAUACAGCAGCUAAUAAACGUGCUCACAAGGUAGCUGUAGCAGACUGCCAAAGAGGGAUCCGUGAAGCCCAGAACAUCUGGUGGCAAAGAAAAGCUGCAGAAAUCCAGAGCUUUGCUGACCAGCGUGACCUGAGAAGCUUCUAUGCAGCAACAAAGGAGAUAUUCGGCCCCACACGGUCAUCAGUGGGCGGCCUAAAGGACGUGGAUGGGGCCACGACCAUCACAGACAGCGCGGACAUCCUGGACAGGUGGAGGUCUCACUUUGAGAACCUCCUCAACGACCACGCCGACACCCCAGAUGAUCUCCUGAGAAUGACCCCGCAGCAUCCCGUCCGUCUCUGGAUGGCACUUACACCCUCCAUCCAGGACUUCAACAAGGCCCUGAAACGAAUGAAGCCCGGCAAAGCCCCAGGACCAGACAACAUCCCGCUGGAGCUCCUCACUCACGGUGGCCCCCGAGUUGAGGAACAGAUUGAUGCUCCUUAUACUCAAAAUAUGGGAGACCAAGACCCUCCCCACAUCGCAAGCAAGAUCUUUGCCCGGAUUCUCCUUGACCGCCUCCUCAUCCUCGCAGAAGACGUCUUGCCGGAGUCCCAGUGCGGCUUUCGACCUUCCCGCAGGACCAUUGACAUGAUAUUCUGCGCACGACAACUGCAAGAGAAGAGCCUCGAACAAAGGCAACCCAUAAUGUUUGUCUUUUGGGAUUUGAAGAAGGCCUUCGACAAAGUACCUCGACCUGCCAUGUGGGCUGUCCUCGCAAGGUAUGGUUGUCCACCCGAUUUUGUCAAGCUGGUGCGUGCCCUCCAUGACGGAAUGGUUGGGAGAGUCUGCCAUCAGAACUCUCUCUCAGGCCCAUUUCCCAUCAACGGUGGUCUGAAGCAGGGUUGUGUUCUGGCUCCAACGUGUUUCUCGCUCUACACCGCAGCAAUGCUCAACGAGAUACCACCAGACACACCCUCGAUCGACCUACGAUUCCGCUUGGACGGAGGCGUUUUCAACCUCGCUCGACUCCGCGCCAGAACCAAGACCACCUUGUGUCAGUCAGCAGAUGACCUGCAGUUGCUAGCAGACGCAUACAACUCUGCCUAUGAACGUUUUGGGAUGCAGGUCAACACGGACAAGACCAAGACCCUCGUCCAACAUCCACCCGGACUGAUGCUCCCAAACUUCAACACCACAGUCAACAACCAACCACUGGAAGAGGUAGAUCAGUUUUCCUACCUAGGGAGCAUCUUAUCAUCUGUUCCCACAUGUAAGAAGGACGUGGAGAACAGGAUCAGGGCAGCCCACUCCGCCUUUGGUCGGCUCAACUGCCGCGUAUUCAACAACCACGCGCUGACGAUGGCCACCAAAAUAAUGGUGUUCCGGGCAGUAGUCCUCUCCACGCUCCUGUAUGCCUGUGAGACGUGGACGCUAUAUAGGAACGAUAUAAAAAAUCUGGAGCGCUUUCAGCAAACGAAACUACGACAGAUUUUGAAAAUCCCCUGGGAGUGCCACACCACCAAUAUUGAAGUUUUAGAAAGAGCCUCAGUGACCAGCGUUGAGGCCACCAUCAUCCGCCACCGCCUCCGCUGGGUAGGGCACGUCCACAGGAUGGAUGACUCAAGGCUCCCCAAGAAAUUAUUGUAUGGAGAACUGGCCCAAGGAACCAGGGCACGAGGAGCACCCAAAAUACGCUAUAAAGACCAGCUGAAGCACCCUGGCAUGGCUGUCCCUCCGCCACACGCCGCAGCCUCCAGGGACGACAGACACACGACCUUCGCCACUCACCAGGCAGCUCAGGUCCACCAAACAAGGCCAAUCUCUGACUCACCCUAA